UGGGGAAUUGAAAAGGAAAAGCAUCUCGGAGGAGGGUGGGGGGAGGGAGGCUGUGCGGUAUACUCUCUCUCUCUCUGACUUAGCCUAAGCCUCACCCGGGAGAGGAGCGUCUUCGCUCAGCUCCUCGAGCUGCUUUCUGUUACUUCCCCGCCCAUCUCUGCUGUCAGCAGCACCAGCAAAGUUGGCCUCAAACUUGAACGGAGCUGAAGGCUCCAGCCUCCCGAAGCUCCGCGGGGGCAUCGGGCCUGCCUCAGCCUCCGAACUCAGCUGGCCCGGAGAAGCCGACCCCGGCCAGCUCCCGGGUAGCCCUUGCUCCCCUGGGGGACGCUUCUGCCCCUGGCCUGUCGGCCCCCAGUCUGGGCAGAGGAAUGGUGUGCUGAGCUCUCUCUGGAGCCGAUCAUCUCAGCCUGAAGCUGGAGCAACCCAAGGCCCAAGCCAGCAUGGCCAACCCGUUGCAGCCUCAGUUUCCCUCAGCCCAGGAGCCAGGCACCGCCUUACCCCUGGACCUGCCGGAGAUGGAGAUGCUCCUCACGAAGGUGGAAGGCAAGGAUGACAAGCCGCUGAAGCUGUCCAAGUCCCUCUCGAGGGCCCUGGACCUGGAGCAGAAUGGCCACGGCCUGCCCUUCAAGGUGGUAUCCGAGGGGCGCCAGGACGCCACGCUCCCCUGGUCGGCCUCUCGGGCCAGCUCUAGGCGGGCGUCCUCCAUUGCCACUGCGUCCUCUGCCCAGGACCAAGAAGUCCCCAAAGAUUACCUUAUCCUUGCCAUUGCCUCCUGCUUCUGCCCCGUGUGGCCCCUCAACCUCAUCCCCCUCAUCUUUUCCAUCAUGUUCAUACCGGUGGAAUCAUACAGCAUGUGGUCCUUUGGGACCAGCAGCAAGCUUCACCUGGCAUUUACAUCACAGGGCCCGGAGCCAAAGAAAGGUGUGGUCAGGUUUCCAUUUUGGUGGAGCAGGUAAGAGGAGGGGUGGAAGGAGCCUCUCUGAGCCUGGCAGUUGGGAGAAGGAACCUUUGCAGGAACACUAGGUGAGAGAUGAAGAGGUCUGGACCAAGGCCCUGGCAAGGGGCAGAUAGGGUUUCUGGAAACCUAAGAGUUGUUAACACAGAACAUUUAUUUAUUUACUCAGUCAAUCAUUCACUUGACUGGCAAGUUGCUUGUUUGGAGGCAACUAAAUGGUAGAGAAUGAUUAGGUCCCCCUUGAAUGAAUAUGCCUCUUUUACCAAUGAGGUGCCAUGCUAGGCAUUUGGGAGGAUGGAUGACAUGGUCUGCUUGACAUGGCCAAAGGAUGCAAGGGUAUGAUGAUGGAAGGAGGUGGGCAGGGACCCGCUCUAGGAAUUUAAGUUUUAUCCCAGUGGCCCUGAAGGAGCCCCUGAAAAAAAAAUUUUUUUUAAGGAUUUUAUUUAUUUAUUUGACAGAGAGAGAGAUAGCGAGAGCAGGAACACAAGCAGGGGGAGUGGGAGAGGGAGAAGCAGGCUUCCUGCCGAGCAGGGAGCCUGAUGUGGGACUCGAUCCCAGGACCCUGGGAUCAUGACCUGAGCCGAAGGCAGACGCUUAACGACUGAGCCACCCAGGCGCCCAUCCCCUGAAAAAUUUUAAGCAGAGGCAUGAUGUGGUCUGUUCAAAUUUUAAAACCAACACCCAACUGCACUGUGGGAAAUGAGCUGACCUGGCAGGACUGGGAGUAGGGAGACCCCAUAGCAGGCUUUUGAGACAGUCCAGGUGGGCUGAUGAAGGCAUGGACCAAGCAGUGGCUUAGGAAGGAGGGCACCAAUGAGAGAAUUGUUGAAGAGAAAAUAACAGCACUUUCUUCACACUCCUGAUUAUCCAACUCCAAGAUAGAGCUGUCUCUAAGACAGCGCUGGGGACUGCGGCAUUUAAGGGGUGGGCAGAAGGAAGUGGACAGGAAAGAGUUUUUUUUUUUAAAGAUUUUACUUAUUUAUUUGACAGAGAGAGGCACAGCGAGAGAGGGAACACAAGCAGGGGGAGUGGGAGAGGGAGAAGCAGGCUUCCCGCUGAGCAGGGAGCCCGAUGCGGGGCUCAAUCCCAGGACCCUGGGAUCAUGACCUGAGCGGAAGGCAGACGCUUAACGACUGAGCCACCCAGGCACCCCAGGAAGGAGUUUUGAAAAGAAUAUUUCGGGGGGGGUGGGAGGCUAAAUAGAAGAGAGGGGGAGACGCCCAGGGAAGAGCAAGUUUGAAAGGAGGAGGGAUGGUCACAUGCAGUGCAGAGGUCAGGUCCAAUAAAGAUGGGAGUGUCCACUGGCUGGGCCAUUUACCGACCCUCGGUUACCCUGGUGAUGGACAGGGUUAGGCAAAAAGGAGAGAGGUGACUGAUGAGUUUCAUGAAGAGAUGGGAUGCCGAAGAAGGACCCUGUCCCCGGGAGCCUGCAGGAAAGGCCAUGAGGGCAGAAGCAGAUAAAAAUACUCAAAGGAAAAGGAGUUGGUUUAUGCUGUAUGGACUUCAUGCCAGCAGGGAUGUGGAGGGCAAGGCCAUUUGCUGAGAAAGAAGGGCCUGGUGACAGGGGAGAGGAGAGGUGACAAGGAACAGAGAGGUCAAUGGCCUGAGGGCUCUGCUGGGGCUGGAGACCAUGGGUCUGAGUUGUUAUCAGUCUGCGUGGUGGUGCAUUUUUUCUGCAGCUAUAGGUAUGGAGUCACAGAUGGGACAUUGGGCCCACCUGAGGCUGAGGAUGGCAGAGUUGCCAUGAGGGCAGACCCAGUGGCACAGAAUGAUGCUGGUGAGGGGGACAGAGGUGGCACACUCAGGGAUCAGGCUGGACUGGGAGGGAGUGAGGCUGGGAAGAUUGUGAUGACCUUGGAGGAGAGGGAGGGGUCGCAGGUUGAGGCUCAAAGACGUUGAAGGACAGAUGCCAUGUGAGAGAGGCGUGAGAGAGACACCAGGGGCUGAGAUUUCAGCAGAGGGGCCGUGUGGGGUAGUGGCGAGGGAGAGUAUAGCUGUGGAAAUGAAUUUCCAAAGAGAACCGCGAGAAGCCAGGAAGAAGGAGCCUGAGGAAGCCCCGUGUUAAGGGCUAAUUGUUCUCAUUUAACACAUGAGGCAACAGAGACACCUGAGCAGUGCCUUGCCCAUGGUCACACAACUGGUAAGAGGCAUGUCAGCCGGAUGCUGAAUCUAGUGUUGUCUCCAUGACCCCGCCCUGCAUCUACCUCUGGGGACAAGGAUGGUGUGUCCCUCCCAGGAAAGCCAAAACUUUGGGGCAUUUGUUCAGGGAGGGAAGAAUCCCCUUCCUUCCCUCUUUCUCUCCACUCUCCCCCCUCCCACCCGCUGUCCUUCCCCACCCCUAUUGAUUCCACCAGUGGGAGACUAAUGGACCAGCAGCGUCCUUCCCACUGUGACUCAGACAGGGGCCUGCUGUGACAGGAGCUCAACCCGAGGGGCUGGGAUCCCAGGUAUCCAGACCCAGCCCUGCUCAGCACUGCCGCCUCCCUUGAGCCUCCCGAGGUGGCCAGGGCACCUGGCUUCAUCCAUUCUACUCCUGGGUCAGGCUGAGAAAAGGCCAUGUUCCUCAAUGCCAGCAAGGUCUCCUGUCCACAAGGGGAGCUGGACCCCAGGCCUUCAGCUGACGACAGUGCUUAAACCAGUAUCAGAUAGACCCGGGUGUGCUUCCCAGGCCAUGAGACCAUGUCCAAAUCCCUCAACCGCCUUCUAUAGCCUCAGUUCUCUCAUCUAUAAAAUAGGUGUAAUAAGACCGUCAACCCCAUAAAUCUGGCCGGAGGAUUAACUGGGUUAAUAUGUGUGAAAACACCUAGCACAGAGCCUGCCACAUAGAAAAUGGAAGCGGUUACAGUUAUCAUUAAUGCUAAAUGAAACACUGUAAUGUCAGAGGAAAGGGCAGAUCCCCAGUGGACAAGCAAUUCUGACUUUAGCCAAUUUGGGGGAGACUGGAGUGUCAGUCCUCAUGACACUAUUGCGGGGGGAGGGGCAGCCCUGUCUGUGGUUUUGGUGGAAGCCUCCGAGCAGCCCCUUCUCUGUCUUUCCUCCUACCCCAUGCAGGAGUGUGAAAGAGGUCCAGAGUGGCUCAACACCUCCUUUCUCAGGCAUUCGGGAUGACCUGGUUAUUUAACUGACCUGCUGCAGGCUCCCUUUCAUGCAUUUAUGCAUUCACCCUGCGGGAGCACUGAGCCCCAACCAGCACUGAUGAUUUGCUGGCACCCAGACAUGCGGCUGAGAAUAUUGACAUACUUCUGAAUGGGUUGGCAAACAGUUGCUGUCUCCAGGUCCUAAGCAUCCCCAACUACUCCCACUCCCACCCACCACAUGGCAGCUGCCCUGACUCCUUCCCCAGGACCACGCCCCCCCAUACCUCCCCACUCUCCAGCAACUGAAGUUAACCCUGUAAUCAGGGCAUUCCAGAAAGAAUUGCAUUGUUGUAGAGAGAGGGACGUGAAGGGGGCAUGGGGAGGCACAUCCCUUGGCUUUGACCUGCCCGGAUUUGCUUGAUCUCUGUGGAAGGACAAAUAGCUGAUCAUCAAGCAGCUGAUCACAUCUUUUCAGUUCUCCACAGAUCUGCUAGGGCUUGACCAGAGCCUCAUGGGCGGAGGAAACUCUUUCCUGAUAAGUUCUGUUACCACCCUCCCCUGGCUGGUUUCAUCCCCUGGCAGCUCUCCCCAGCACCUUCCUUACCCCAUCCACUUCCCUCCCCACCCCCUACCAGCUCUCAGACUCUUUUCAGUGCCUUUCUUCACUGACCUAUUAACCCGAAUUCAUUUUCUCCCUUACCAUUCCCACAACCAUUGCAAUCACAAAUGAUCUAUUAAUUCACAGUCAUUACAACCAUCACUGCAGUUAUCAUUGUGUCUUCAACUUGAGCCAUUUUGUAUAAGGGGAAGAGGAUGCCACUAAGUGGGGUUUGAAAUGCAGCUGGUAAUUUACUCAUAAAAAGUAAUGAAGGGUCUUCUUCCAUCCCUGAGGUCCAGGGAUGGGUUUUUCACUUGGAAACUAAUGGGGGGACUUCAGAAACGAGUGCCAGCUGGUGGCAAGCAACUUCUAUCUAUAAAAGUAGGGCUCUACUCUUCAAGGCAGCUAUUGACUCCAUUUUACAGAUCAGAAAACUAAGACUUAAAGAAGAGUUGUGAGGUUUACAUUGGACGGCGUAUGACAGGUAAAGUGUAUGAUCCAACAAAGCAGGUGCAGUCAGGUCUGCCCUGCUCAUUCGGUCUUUUCCAGUGCAUCUCCCUCAACGCUGUCUCUCAGGCUCAAAGGAACAUGCAUGACUGGGUUGCAUAGGCUGAUGGCUCUGUGGAUAAAGAAGAGGGGUUGGUUGGGUUUAGAUGACUGAAAAGUUCAUCUCUCCCUCUCUUGCUUCCCCUCCCCACCUCUGAUACCCAAGCAACAACACGUGCACCUCUCUCCACGGUCCUGAACCAAUGUCCUGCCCAAUGCACAGUGAUUUCUCUGGCAAGUGAGGAGCAGGACUUAUCUCCAGCCCUGUGGCCCUCCCCAUGGCCCUCCCCAUGGCAUGUAAGCAUGCCAUGCUUACAGCUGAGAAUGAGUCUCUUGGUAAUGAUUCAAGGUAGCCCCAGAAUUUCUAACGCCGAACUUCCUGGAAAUUCCUGAAGCUUUUCUGUAUGUUGCCUCCGCUUCCUCCCAAGAGGAAGGUGUUGCUUUGGUGUCGAAGUCCUUUGUUCAGUGACCUGGGCUGGCCAUGCAGAGAGCCGGAGGUGGCAUGGGUUAGUGGGUGGGGCCAAAACCCAGAUAACAGAUAUCUUUCCUGUGGGACCCAUUGCCUUUAUUUCAUUCAUGAAUCUUCUAUUAACUUGGAGCAUUCCACUGGCUAAGUUCAGCAGUUAGAAAACAGACUCUCCCCUCAUUCUUUUUCUCUUCUUUCAAUCUUUACUUCCUCAAAUACUUACUGAACGCCUCUUAGGGCCAGUCCCUAGGUUACAUAAGAGGGACCCCAAGCUUGAGGUUGUGCGGUCCCUGUCUUCAAGUCUAGGGCAAGAGACUGACACAGAACUAAUGACACAAAGUGGGAA